UUUUUCGACGAACUGCAGUGAAUGUCAAUGUCAAUCUCUUAUACCCUCCCCCUCCCCCGUGAUCUCUCUCUUUCCGAAUACACCUCAACCAUGGCGGCCGGGGUACUUUAUACUUAUCCGGAAAAUUUUCGUGCUUAUAAGGCGUUGAUCGCCGCACAGUACUCUGGAGCCGAUGUAAAAGUAGCUCCUAACUUUGUGUUUGGCGAAACUAAUAAGUCAGAUGGGUUCUUGAAGAAGUUCCCGGCCGGGAAAGUACCAGCAUACGAAAGCGCUGACGGGAAAGUUCUACUCACUGAAAGCAACGCAAUUGCCUACUAUGUGGCAAAUGCUAGUCUCCGUGGGUCAGAUGUGGCCACACAGGCUGCUAUCUACCAGUGGGCAUCAUGGGCUGACAGUGAGCUACUGCCUGCCUCCUGCGCCUGGGUCUUUCCUUACCUGGGCAUUAUGCAGUUCAACAAACAGAAUGUGGAGCGUGCAAAGACCGACCUGUUAGCCGCCUUGAAGGUGCUGGACGACCAUCUGCUCACACGCACAUUUUUGGUCACAGAACGUAUCACCCUGGCUGACAUCAUUGUCUUCUCCACACUGAUACAUGCUUUCCAGAAUGUGUUGGACCCCAGCUUACGUUCGUCACUAGUAAAUGUACAGCGUUGGUUCUUGACACUGGCUAACCAACCGCAAGUGUCCUCUGUCACAGGAGCCAUCACCUUGUGUGAAGCACCCCCCACCUAUAAUCCUAAAAAGUGUCUUGUUCAGUCCAAAAAGGAUGGUGAUAAGAAGGAAAAGAAGGCUGAAAAGAAGGAUCAGCCUAAAAAAAAGGAGGAGAAACCAGAGCCCACAUUAGAUGAUGACAUUGAUGAGAAACCCAAGGAAUCUAAGGAUCCGUUUGACUCCAUGCCCAAGGGCACUUUCAACAUGGAUGAUUUUAAGAGGUGCUACUCCAACGAGGAUGAGGCAGUGUCUAUCCCAUACUUCUGGGAGAAGUUUGACCCUGAAAACUAUUCUAUCUGGUAUGCAGAGUACAAGUACCCCGAAGAGCUCUCCAAAGUGUUCAUGAGCUGCAACCUUAUCACUGGCAUGUUCCAGCGGCUGGACAAGAUGCGCAAGCAGGCGUUCGCGUCGGUGUGCCUGUUCGGCGCCGACGACGACUCGAGCAUCUCGGGCGUGUGGGUGUGGCGCGGCGCCGGCCUCGCCUUCCCGCUGUCGCCCGACUGGCAGAUUGACUAUGAGUCAUACGAUUGGAAGAAGCUAGAUCCCAGGAGCGAGGAGACCAAGAAACUGGUGCAAGAUUACUUCUCGUGGUCUGGUACCGACUCCAAGGGUCGCAAGUUCAAUCAGGGCAAGAUCUUCAAGUGAGAGGCAUAUCGAGCUCCUAUGCCGCCACUGACCUCAGUCCUCCCGUCUAUAAAAUAUUUAAGAAUAACUUUUUGAUACUAAACUACAAAAUGUUUCUAUGAUCACAUAAUUUAUAUAUAUAAUAGGAAUUUAAAUAAUAUAUAUUAUGUAUAAGUUGUCUGAAUGUCAGUGCUGGGCUCGGUUGUUUUGUUUCUAGUUCUCUACUCGAGUGCUAAGUCAAAUUUAUAUGUAAAGUAAAUGCAUUUAUAUCUCUUAUCAAAACAGCCAUGAUUAUUUUUGCGUUUGUAUGAAGAACUGUAACAAAUACAAAUUGGUUUUUUAUUUAAGAAAGUUUUUUAAUUCUAAAUAAUAAUUGUGAAAAUCAUUGAGUAUCGUAUGUAUCUCGAUGACAAAUGCCAAAGAUGAACGGUCAUUUUUGAGUGAUAUAUACUAUCAAUCCUAUUACAAAUUCCUAACACAUAUUGAAGAGCCAUAACAAAGCAAGCGCCUGGGGCGUUUUCUUUUCUAGCCCGAAGCACCAAAACAUUCUCAAUACUGAAACACUAUGAUUCUAAGCUGGAUACCUAAGAAACUUUAAACAAAAAUCAUUGAAAUCAAAUAAUUAUCUACAACGUAGAAGUCUAUAUAAAUACUUAGUUUUACAUACUAUUAUACUGUACAUUCCUUUUAGUUGCUUUUGAAUACAGGCAAGGUACCAUUCGUUUCAUGAAUGAAAAUGAAAUAUAUGUGAAAACAUAACCUUCGUAGAUUAAAUAUCAAAAUACGAAGCGAAACUGAA